AUGCCCCCUUCAAUUCAUUGGGAAGAAAUUACAAAAUUAAUUUCAGCUAGAUUAUAUACAUUAGGAUUUGAUUCGGUGAAAGCAUUUCCAGCACAAAGGUAUAAUGAAAAAUUAUCAACGUACUCUCCUUUACCAACAUUUUCUCAAACGAAUUCAACGUUGUCAAUUCUAGUAGGAAACACCAAACAUCUUUGGACAGAAUUUUUAAAAUAUUAUUCGACCGAAAUUUUUACAAAUUACACAUAUGAAAUUCCUCCUUCAAGUAAUCACUGCGCAAGUUCAACGACUUAUUCCGAAGACAGUGAUAACGAAGAAUAUAAAAAACAAAAUCCUUUAGAUUAUUAUACAAGAAUAAGUAUAACAAAAGUUAUUAAAGAAAUAAUUUUAUUAAAAAAUUUAGCAAAUUUAAAUUACGAUAUUAGGUAUACAUUUGAUUUAGAUAAAAAAAAAUUCGUCGCUUUUCAAAUCUUGGCAGAAAAUGCAUCAUUCGCUUAUUAUAACAGAAUCUGCUAUUUAAAUGUUCAUAAAGAAUUUGGACCUUGGAUAGGUUUGAGAGCUGUUAUCACUUUUGAUAUAGAAGGACCUCUUAAUUCUUUACAGUUAUUUCCUGAACUAAAAAAUCCCUUUCCGGAAGGGGAUGAGAAUCUCGAAAGAAAAAUACAAGAAAUUUAUGGUACAAAAGAUCAUAAUUAUCACCAACAGGAUAAUCGCAUGAUUACGGAUGAGAAUAAGUCGGAUACGAAAUCAGAAGAAAUAAAAGAACAAUGGCAUAAAUUUGUUGAAUUGAGAGAUAUUGCUUCCGGAUUUAUGGAUAAAGAAUUAUUAGAAAAGUAUCGAUAUUCUAAAGAUCAAAUUGAAUAUCAUUAUACAAAUAAUAUUGAAUUAUUGAAUAGGAUAGUAUUAAAUAAUAAAAAUUAA